AUGGGAGACUGGAAUUUUCUUGGAGGCAUCUUGGAGGAGGUCCACAUUCAUUCCACUAUUAUUGGAAAGGUCUGGUUAACUAUCCUAUUCAUAUUUCGAAUGCUUGUCCUAGGUGUGGCAGCUGAAGAUGUCUGGAAUGAUGAGCAGUCAGAAUUCAUAUGCAAUACAGAGCAACCUGGCUGCAGAAAUGUUUGCUACGACCAGGCCUUUCCUAUCUCUCUCAUAAGAUAUUGGGUCUUGCAAGUUAUAUUUGUAUCUUCACCUUCCUUGGUCUAUAUGGGCCAUGCUUUAUACAGACUAAGAGCCUUAGAAAAAGAGAGACAAAAGAAGAAGGCACAAGUAAGAAUGGAACUUGAAGGAGUUGAACUAGAAAUGACUGAAGAUCGGAAAAGACUGGAGCGAGAACUCCGGCAACUGGAGCAAAGAAAGCUCAACAAAGCACCCCUGAGAGGCUCCUUGCUCUGCACUUAUGUGAUACAUAUUUUUACUAGAUCUGCAGUUGAAGUUGCAUUUAUGAUUGGCCAAUAUCUUCUUUAUGGUUUUCAGCUCAAUCCUCUUUAUAAAUGUCAGAGACAGCCAUGUCCAAACAUAGUUGACUGUUUUAUAUCAAGACCAACAGAAAAGACAGUGUUCCUAUUAUUUAUGCAAUCAAUAGCAAUUGUAUCAUUGUUUUUAAACAUCUUAGAAAUUGUCCAUCUAGGGGUCAAAAAAAUUAAAAAGGGACUUUGUGGGCCUGAUAAAAACAGGGAUGACUUUGAUGAUUUCUAUGUAAGUAAAUCCAAGAAAAACUCUGUAAUACCCCACCCUUGUAUGGGAACAUCCGCAACUCCACAAAAAACUCUCCCUUUUGCCCCUAGUAGUUAUACCAUGUUAAUAGAAAAACAAACUUACACGGCAGGCCAUGAUGUUCUAAAUUCAUCUUCUGCAUUCCAAUCUGUUAAAAACAACCAUACUGAAAAUAGCAACAAUCACAUUCAUGAUGAAAGGGAAAGUAAAUUACCAGAUGAGAUGCAAACUUCUAAUACUUUGGACCGUCAUCCUCGAAAUACCAGCUCAAAUAAUAAUGAAGGCUUAAGCAAGGUAUGUGGGACAGAAAUUAAUGGUAGUCAGCAACAAGAUGAAAAGAAACAUUGCCUCAGUGGCAUGCAUUCUAAUCUAGUUGCUGCUUCAGGUCUGUGCUUGGGAAGCCUGGCUGAACUGCCACCUGGAAGUUCAUUGCAACCUGAUAUGACUUCCCCUAUUUCAAUUAACUGUGCUCGAAAGCUUCGUGGCGUCAGUUCCCCAUGGAACUGUUCUACAGUAGUUGAGAGUGAAGGGUCUCCAACAGAUUCUCCUUCCAUGAGCAGCAACCGAGGACAAGACAACUUCAGUGGAAGCAGAGCCCAAGGCCUUUCCAAGACUGACCUAAGACAAAUUGGCAGACCAGACACUCCUGAUUCUCUAAGUGAGCUGAGCUCAGAAUCCAAACAGAGCAGAAAUUGUGAAAGUCCUCAGGCUUUUUCUCCCUCUCGGCGAAUGUCAUUGGCAAGUAAUGCCAGCAGCAGGCGUGCUCCCACCGAUCUUCAGAUCUAA